UCCGCUGCCGGAUGGUGCGUUUAGGAGCGCACGCAGGACGGCACCGGGGCUUCCCUUCUGUCUGCUGGAGACGGGCUGAGGAGGGACCAGGUCCGACCGGCAGAGACCACCUCGCGGAUCCCGGGGGGGAAGGUCUCCGCGAGCGCGACAGAGGAGGAGACACGCGGGGGAGAUCCUCCAUCAUCUGAAGGUCUCCCUCCUCUCUUCCAGGGCGUGUCACUGGGAUUGUGUUUACCAUGCACACUCCCCACAGUGCGUAGCUCGUACAACCGAGAGGAGUGUUAAGUGUGUGUGUGUGUGUGUGUGCGUACUUGAAGUGAAGACAUGGGGUCAGUGGGAGCAGAGCGCCGAAGGCCCACGCCAGUCCAGACGCCUGAAGAGAGGGAUGUGUGGCGGGAUGGAAGCAGAGCUGGAUGGAGGGAUGUGGGGAGGGAGGGCUGGAGAGAGGGAAGAGAGAGCAGCGUGGUGCAGAGCUACAGCUUCGACUCGUACCAGCUGGAGGAGGAGGAGAUCAAUAAAGACGCCCCUGAGCGAGGAGUGCUGGCUCUGUCCGAACCUGACUUUGAGGAGCCGAUCCCUGACGACCGUUACCAUGGCAUCUACUUUGCCAUGCUAUUGGCUGGAGUGGGUUUCCUGCUUCCCUACAACAGUUUCAUAACAGAUGUGGACUACCUGCACCACAAGUUUGAAGGCACGUCCAUCGUGUUCGACAUGAGUCUGACGUACAUCCUGGUGGCUCUGUUGGCCGUCAUCCUCAACAAUGUGCUGGUGGAGAGGCUCAGCUUGCACACCAGAAUUACUGUGGGUUACAUCUUAGCUCUGGGGCCGCUGGUCUUCGUCAGCGUGUUUGAUGUCUGGCUGGCAAAGUUCACCACCAGGCAGGCGUACAUCGUCAACCUGGUGUCAGUGGGAGUGGUAGCCUUUGGGUGUACAGUGCAGCAGUCCAGUUUCUAUGGUUACAUGGGGAUGCUGCCCAAGAGGUACACACAGGGCGUGAUGACUGGAGAGAGUACGGCCGGGGUGAUCAUCUCCCUGUCCCGCAUCUUCACCAAGCUGCUGAUCACUGACGAGAGGAGGAACACGCUCAUCUUCUUCCUCAUCUCCAUCAGCAUGGAGAUGCUCUGCUUCCUGCUUCACCUGAUGGUGCGGCGCUCCCGAUUCGUCCGCUACUACACCAACCACGCCCAGGGCAAAGGCCCGGGCAAAGGUCAUGACCCACGUGACAACGGGACUGGAUACAGGGUUCACCAUGACGUCACUGCAGAGGAAGUAAGAUUUGGAAACGGUGGGCCGGGACCGUCUGCUCCAGAAGAAGGCGUUGAGGAAUUUGUGGGUGGUACCUAUGUGCGAUUUGAUGCCCCAAAAGCCAAGAUAAGGAGGAGCUGGCCCGGUGUCCGAGACAUGAUCCUGCAUCGUUACGUGGUGUCCCGUGUGAUCUGGGCCUACAUGCUGUCUAUAGCCGUGACCUACAGCAUCACUCUGUGUCUGUUCCCUGGACUGGAGUCAGAGAUACGAAACCCCACCUUGGGGGAGUGGCUCCCCAUCCUCAUCAUGGCCACCUUCAACAUGUCGGACUUUGUUGGCAAGAUCCUGGCAGCGCUGCCGUACGACUGGUCUGGAGGCCGUCUGCUCUUCUUCUCCUGCCUCAGGGUGAUCUUCAUCCCUCUGUUCGUCAUGUGCGUUUACCCGGCCAGCUCACCCACCCUGUCCCACCCUGCCUGGCCCUGUCUCUUCUCCCUCCUCAUGGGAGUCACCAACGGAUAUUUCGGGUCCGUGCCGAUGAUCCAGGCUGCCGGCAAAGUGCCGCCCGAGCAGAGGGAGCUGGCAGGGAACACCAUGACGGUCUCCUAUAUGACGGGCCUGAUGGUGGGCUCCGCUGUGGCGUACGCAGCUUACAGCUUCACCGCUCCAGGGACGGGAACACGCUUCUCUGCGCUCAACACACACGCGCCUGCCAACGCUACAGGGUACUGAAUGUCUACACACAAUCGAAACACGCUCUCAGAGACACGGACGUAUUAACACACAUACAUGUACACACACCUGCAGCCAUUAACACACAUAAGAUCUUGGAAGGAGAAGCGGGUACAGACUGACGGACCUCCGACUGAGAAGCAAAAGAGACAAAAAGUGACAUUUGGCAUUGGAGGAAAUGAUCAACAGUGAAAACGUAGCAGGUUUCUCCACCCACUCAUUCUCCAGCCCGGUGAUCCAGUGACCUCCACCUGUGCCGCUGUGAUGAACUUUCCCCCGGAGGUGGAGAACAGGAGCUGUGCACCUGUCAGCCCUUUGAGCGUCUCACAGCGUAAUUAUUGUCUGCAUGUGUGUGUGAACGGAUCGGCUGACAUUUGUACAGCUAUACAGUCAAGUGAUGUGUCGCAGCAGGGAAUUAACGGUUCAUAAUUUUCCAUGAGACCUCUUGUCUCGGGUCACAUGUGUUAUGUUUCAUGAUUUCUCUGAACUGUCGCUGUUUGAAAUAGAAAUAUGAUGUUAGCGUGGAUUUUUCUGGACAGGUUGUUUCCUCAUUAUAAUCUCUUCCGAUGAAAAUAGGACUGCAGCUCACGGUGAUGUGAUUUGGGUAAUGUGAUCAAAAUCCUCUGACUUUAAGGGAGUUUUUUUUAGCUUCAGUAAAAUUUUUCUGAGUAAUAAUGGGAUAUGAAAGGGAUUUAAAUAAGUUUUUGUUGACUGAACAAAUACACCCACUAUAUACAAAUGUAUGUAGACGUCCCUGAAUUCAAGUUGAGUCAUGGGAAAAUUUUGUUGAACUUUACAGGAAGAGAAAAAAGGGAAUUUGAUAUAAAACAUAUUAAGCAUGUAACGACAGAUAACUGAACCGUUACCACAGCGACACAGAGCUUAACCUUGUAAAAAAAAAAAAAAAGUAUCUUUAAUUUUACUGUGUCUUUAAAGGAGCUAAUUGUAAGUUUUGCUAUUGCUACAUAGCUAGCGUUAGCAUUACCAGCUGUUUACCUACCAGUCUAGAAGAAAUGUUGUGAGUUCAAACUUUAUUCCUGUACUCAGAAGUGGAAAGUAACGUCAAUGUUAACUCUUGUCUCUAUCACGUCUGUUCUUCUACUGACGUUAGCAUGCUAACCAGCUAGCCUCGGCCUGUCUCGUCGCUUUCCAGUAGCGACUCACUGUAGCUUCGAAUCUGUCCUGAAGACUUAGUGCUGCUCAGAGGAUUUAUAACCUCUUUUGCUAUAAAGACAACAAUGGCCGAAGCUCUCGUCAAGCGACACACACCACCACUUACAAAACUUACAAAUAGCCCCUUUAAGAAAGUUACAGACAUUUUCGGACUUUAUUUUCCCCUUCCAGUCCAUGUGUUUUGUCUCUGUUCAGCUUGUUUGUCUAAUCUGAACUGAAAAAGCUUCUGUCGUACUUAUUUUCAUUUUUAUUUUUAUUAACCGUAUAUAGUAUAUACUUUAUAUCUAAAAAAAAAAAAAAAAAGUCUGUUAAGAAUAACGUUAAACCCUUUUUGUAGUUGUUAUGAUUAUUUGCAUUGUCACUGGCAGCUGCUCGUGCCUGUUACGCUAAAAGGAGAAAAGAGUGAGCAGAUUUCAGAGAACAAAGUGUUGGUAUGAGUUUUCGUAAAUGGUCUGUGUCCCCUCUUUGUCCCUCUGAACUGUGUCUGUGUUUAACGUCCAUGUAAUGAUGUGGGAUACUAUGGGGGAAAAAAACAGUUAGUGCCAAACAGUCCGCCUGUUUCUGAUCAGAGUUAGUAGCUGAGAAACGAUUGAAUGUAAAGUUGUAAAUAUACAGAAUAAAAUGCACUCAAGGCAGUGAAGAGCUUUUAUUUUAUCCAUGUGAAAGCCUCUAGGAAAUAUCAGAUUCGUAUUUUUUGUAGCUUUGUUUAGCGGAAGAGAUCCAGAAAGCACCUAUUUCCUCCCCAGCUUUUUAGUUCCUCCACGUUUCCGGUUGGAUUUGAUUAAUUUUUCAGCGAUAAGAGGAUCAGCAGAGUUCAGCGUUUAUACAUUAUGGAGAAAACAGGCCUCAGUGUAGAAAGUGCACUACAUUAUGUAGGUGACGGCUUGAAUGGAGCCCACUGUCGGCGCCGCUUGAAGAAUGGUAGGGCGCCAUUUGGGAGAUAACCUCAUUACUGUAUGUAUGUCCCGCUGUGCUGAUGGUGCCUUUCUGCCCGGGGCCUCUCCGCUCUCAGUGAGCUGCUGGGUUUGAUGGUGUUUUUAGUUAUUUUUGGUCAGACGUGUCAUUAAAGGACACGGGAAGUCUCUUUACGCCUGUUUCUCUCUUUCUGUGGUGGAAACUACAGGGACAUUUUGAGAGAAGGGAGAUCCCACUUUUCACAAAGUAUUGCAUCACUGUAAUUUUCUUGAAACCAGCAUAGUGAUUUUCCUGCUACAACCAGCUCAAAACUUUAAACUGUUCAGUGGAGAAAAUUACACUUUUGUUUGAAUUGAUUGUUGAGACACUUUCAAAUCUUAUUAAUAACCUAUUGCAAGAACAACUGUGUGAACAUUUUUUUCAACUGGCGAUGAAUAAUUUAUCAUUUCACUAGAUAUUUUUGGCGUUAGCUGACACUUUUAUCCAUAUUUUUUUAUCACGAGUUUAACAGCAGAAGGCUUCAUAAUUACACACAGCCGACUGCAGAGAGUGCAAAGCACGGUGGAGCAGAAGAGGAAACAUAAUCAUUAGGUGACGUCUUUGCCCCUGAUAGAAAAUGGAAAGUGAGUCUGGAGUUUGGAGGUUAUUUCACCGCUGGGGAAUGACACUCACUCUUCAGCUGAGUUGACUGUGCUGUUACAGGCAAACACACUGGCCUGUUAUUUUAUGUGGAAAACAACUUUUAAUUCUGUAUUUUAUCUCAUCCCCAAGGUCUCAUAUUUGUCAGCUUGCCCUGUGACUUCCUGUUUUUUUUUUUUGUUUUUUUUACAGCAGCCACAGCCUGAGAUAACGCUCAUUUUUCUCACCGACAGCAGAUAAUUUCUGCAGAAACCAUCUCAUACUGACUAUUUUAGACUGCACACUGUGAAAUAUGUGUAUGGUGUUCAGAGAACAGUGUUGCAUAGAGAUGCUACGCUGUUUAUAUGUAUAUAUAUAUCAACUGUAACAUAAGAUAUUUUGCAGAUGAUAUUUGUGACAAAAGGACAGUUUAAGAGCUUUAGUGAUUCAAACUAAGAAUUGGGUGCAGUGAGCUGAAUUUGGCGUUUUUGCUGGUGUCAUUAUUGCAUGACGGUCGGGUGUCUGAUCAGCUUUUUUAAUGCAAAAUUCAGAUAUACAACAGAAGGAGUCAACAGCCUGCUGACUACACCUGCCUGGUGGGAGGGAAAUUAUCUCAUGAGGUGAACCAACCUCUCAAUGUUUAAUUCCAAACUCUAGUUCUGCCUAAAAAUAAUAAUCAUUGCUUAAAAUGCCACUAAUAUCUCGCACCAAAACGUACAAAUUCUCCAACAAUGUAAACUGACAUUUUAUUUUGUUGUAAAUAAGCUACAUGAUUUCAGUUUAAGAUAAUGAAUUCUCCCAAAAGAGUCUGUUUGUGCCCAACAUUGUACCAUCAGCAGCGCUUAAUAAACAGUUGUUUACA